AUGAAUGUAACAGAGCUACACUCACACGUGCGAUGGCUGCAGAACCUCACUCCUGCUGAUGAUACAAUGCAUAAGAUGAAAAGAACAUCUGCUUUAUGUGAACAAGUCAGUGUAGCUAUUGAGAUAUUUCUAACCCUAGGCAUUAUGAGUCUACUGGAAAAUAUUUUGGUCAUUGCUGCAAUUAUUAAGAAUAAGAACCUCCAUUCUCCAAUGUAUUUGUUUAUCUGCAGUCUGGCUGUUGCUGACAUGCUGGUAAGUGUGUCGAAUGCAUGGGAGACCAUUGUGAUCGCCUUAGUUAACAACAGGCAUUUGAUUGUUGAAGACAACUUGGCCAAACAGGUGGACAAUGCCUUUGAUUCGCUGAUCUGCAUUUCUGUUGUGGCAUCCAUGUGUAGCCUCGUGGCCAUAGCUGUCGAUAGGUACGUCACCAUAUUCUACGCUUUGCGUUACCAUCACAUCAUGACAGUAAAACGAGCUGCUUUUAUUAUUGCAGGUAUCUGGUUGUUCUGUACUGGCUGUGGUAUCAUCUUCAUCAUCUACUCUGAGAGCCCACCCGUCGUCAUAUGUCUGGUCACCAUGUUCUUCAUUAUGUUGGUCCUCAUGGCCUCCCUAUACAGCCACAUGUUUCUCUUGGCUCGCUCGCAUGCAAAGCGAAUUGCUGCUUUGACUGGCUACAACUCAAUCCACCAGAGAGCAAGUAUGAAGGGGGCUAUCACCUUAACAAUCCUGCUUGGUAUUUUUAUCAUUUGCUGGGCUCCAUUCUUCCUGCACCUCAUCCUCAUGAUCUCUUGUCCCAGAAAUCUGUACUGUGUGUGUUUCAUGUCACACUUCAAUUUGUAUUUGAUCCUCAUCAUGUGCAACUCAAUCAUUGACCCUCUAAUCUAUGCCUUCCGUAGCCAGGAAAUGCGGAAGACAUUCAUGGAGAUAAUUUGUUGCUACAAUUUGAGGGCGGCUUGUGUUGGACUUUCUGACAAAUAA